AUGGCGACCAACAGCAACAGCAGCAGCAGCUGUACGCCGAGGUGGCUGCAGCAAGAGCAGCAGUUGCUCCUCCCCAAUGUCUCGCCUAAGACUGCAGCAGCAGCAGCACCGGCAACAGCAGCAGAACCAGCAGCAGCAGCAGCAGCAGCAGCAGCAGCAGCAAUGAUAGGCAGCAGCUCAGUUCCAGAGGGGGGAGAAGGAGAAGGAAAGCAUCGCCUUCAGGUGCUGAAGGUCUCCUUCCCAUCCCCCACUCAUCGCAGCAGCAGCAGCAGCAGCAGCAGCACGCCUGCUGCUGCUGCUACAGCAGCAGACGCAGCAGGAGGGGGCAGCAGCAGCAGCAGCGCUGACAACUCCGCUACCCACCGCAGCAGCAGCAAAGCUGAAGAGACAUUUGUUUGUCUUUCUUCGCUCUCCCCCUCUCCGCAGGCUGCCGUCAGCAGCAGCCGCAGCAGCAGCUGCAGCAUCAGCAGCAGCAGCAGCAGCACAUGCAUAUCCCCGCAUGAAUAUCUCGGCAGCUUCUUCCCCAGCCCCAGCAGCAGCAGCAGCAGGAGCAGCAAGAGCAGCAGCAAAUUCUGGGUUUCUAAUCGUAGACCUGUUGAUGUAGUUGUCUCGAAGUGUAUAUACGCUUUAGAAGACAGGCCUACCUGUUUGCUGCUGCCUCCGCCGCAGCAGCAGCAGCAGCAGCAGCAGCAGCAUGAUGGAGACGAUUGGGGGGAUUCUGCUGCUGCUGCUGCAGCAACAGCUAACGCUUCAUCAACACCCUUCUCGUCUUCCCUGUUCAAGUGGCUAGGCAGGAAGCAGCAGCAGCAGCAGCAGCAGCAGCAGCCAGUUUCAGCAGGAUCUUCUUUCUCUCCUUCCUCAAGUGCAGCAGCAGCAGCAGCAGCAGCAGGAAAAGGCUGUCUCAGCACCUAUGGAGGCGCCCCGCCACCUCCGCCUCCGGCUCCUCAGCAGCAGCAGCAGCAGCAGCAGCAGCAGGAGGAAGCAGAGGGUCGUUUAUCUUUUUUGCUAGCAGCAAUUGGUGCAGCAGCAGCUGAUAAGCAGCUGUGUGCUGCUGCAUCUCUGCAGCAGCAAAGUGUCUGCCGAGCAGCACAAGCAGCAGGGCUUUUCUGUAAGUGGGAGCCUGCUGCUGCUGCUGCUGCAGCAGCAGCAGGUGGACGCUGCGUCGCAGACGCAGAAGCAAAGGCAGCAGCUUUCUUUGCGCAUGCAGUGCUGCAGCAGCCGAACCAGGCCUCAGCAGCAGCAGCAGCAGCAGCGGCAGCAGCAGCUGAGGCAGCAGCAACUGCAGGAGUUCCAGACGAGUCCGCAGCAGCAGCAGCAGCGGCAGCAGCAGCAGCAGCAGCAGCAACAGCAACGAGCCCCUUCGGAUGGGCGAGUGAAGGAGUGCAGCAGCUGCUGCAGAUAGACUGGGGGCUGCUGCUGCAGAGCUUAGAGCUUUGGGCUGAAGCAGCAAGUCAAGUGUUUUUCUCUUUAAGUGUUUUUCAGUGUACUAUGUUUAGUUUUGCUGCUCGCAAGAAGACGAGGCCCAGCCCCACAGCAGAGGCUUUGAUUGUUGCUGCUGCGAACAUCUUCAUUUCUUUUCUUUCUGCUGCUGCAGCAUUUGCUGUAGCAGGACAUCUAUCUCACACUGCAGCAGCAGCAGCAGCAGCAGGAGCAGCAGCAGCAGCAGAGUCAGAAUCACCCGGACCAGGAGCACCACCAGCAGCAGCAGCAGCAGCAGCAGCAGCAAAGUGGGGAGACCUGCAGCUUGAGGGGCCUCGGCUUGUCUUUGUGCUGUAUCCGCUGCUCUUUGAAGCUCUACCGCUGCCGCAUGUCUGCUGCUUUUUCUUUUUUACUUCGUUUGUGCUGCUAGGCAUCAGCAGCAUUUCUUCUCUUGUGCAUCCAGCAGUAGAUGUGCUGCUGGCAGCACGCUGCUGCAGCAGCAGCAGCAGCAGCAGCAGCAGUAGCAGCAGCAGCAGCAACAACAACAACGUCAGCAGCAGCAUCAGCAGCAUCAGCAGCUUCAGUAUCGUCAGCAACAACAACAACAACAACAACAACAACAACAACAGCAGCAGCAACUGGGGAUGCAGCAGGCGGAAGGUGAUAUCUGUUUGUGUUUGCUGCUGCUGCUGCGCUCUUAGCUUUGCGUUUUGCUUGUCUGCUGCUGUAGAGCCGCUGCAAGCAGCAGAUUUUCAUUGGGGUGUAAACGGUUUGCUGCUGCUGGGAGCAGCAGAAUCUCUUGCUUUCGGCUGGCUGCAUGCAUUUAGGAGACAGAAGAAGCAAGUAGGGGCUGCUGCUUCUUAUCUUAACUUCUUUUCAUUUGUUGCUGCAGUUUGCUGCAGCAGCUUAGUACUUUGCUUCACCACCAGCAUCACCACAGCUGCAGCAGGAGUUGCUGCUGCUGCUGCGCUGCUGCUGCUUGGCUGCGGCUGCUCCUUCUACCUCGCUGUUCUCUUUGCGAAGAGGAAACAGAGACAGAAAAUACUUGCUGCUGAGGAGGCAGCAGCAGCAGCAGCAGCUGCUGCUGCUGCUGCUGCUCUUUACAGAGAGAAAUUAGCAGCUGUUGUGGGGGACGAAUUCGCCGUCUGCUGCGCUGCCAGUCCAGAAGCAGCAGCAGCAGCAGAUGCAGCGGAAGCAGAGAGCCAGCAGCAACACGAAGCAACAGCCGCAGCAGCAGCAGCAGCAGCAACAGCAGCACCUGUUGCUGUUUCAGAGGGUGGAGAGGCUGCAGCAGCAAGGAGAAUAAACGAGGAGGAUCGGAGUAGGAAGAUAUUAUCAGAUACCCAUUGCUUCAGUGCUGCUGCUGCUGCUGGCUAUUACUGCAGCAGGGAUAAUACACCCUUCGUUAUUCUCCUUUCUCUUGCCACUCGAUAUGAACAGCAGCAGCAGCAGCAGCAGCAGCAGCAGCAGCAGCAGCAGCUCAGCAGCUGCUGCAGCACGCUUGCAACCCCCCGUAAAACCAGCAGCAGCCGCCCUGCAGCAACAGCAGCACUUGCAUGCGCAGCAUCAUCUAUGGGAUUGUCGCAGUUGCAGCACCAGCAGCAGCAACAAUGGCAGCAGCAACAACGACAACUGCAGCAACAGCAGCAGCCCUCAAUCGCUCAGCUGCGACUUACCUACGCAAGCGUCAGAGCUGUAGUUACACUGGAGGCUGCAGCAACAGCAGCAACAGCAGUAACAGCAGCAAGGGCAGCAGCAAUAGCAACAGGAACGAUAACAGCAGCUGCAACGGCAGCACCAGCCGCUGCAGCAGCAACAGCAGCAGCAGCAACAGAGCAGUGCCGCCAGCAAAGACUGGAGACGUGCACCCACUAG